AUGGCGUUGGAAGGCAGAACAGAUGAACUGGAAUCCGAACAAGAAAGAAUCAAAUUGGAAAUGUUGGGUAAGACAAGGAAAAGACAAUCAGACCAUAAACUAUACUACAAAGCCCAAGAAAACACAAGCGUGGGAGAGGUGGGAAUACUAAUACAUAGAAAACUGACAGACAGGGUAAAAUUGAUUAAAGUUAUAUCCGAAAGGGUAGUAUACGCAAUAAUACAAAUAAACAGGCUGGAAACACUAACGAUAAGCGAAGCCUACGCUCCAAUAAGCACCACCGACGACGAAGUCAGUAAACUCUACGAGGAUGUCUCUGGAAGAAUGCCUGCAAACAAAACUUCAAAAGUGUAA